AUGGCCCUAAGUCACGCCUCACUCGGCGGCGAUCCGAUCACGUGCGAUUUCGUCAUCCGCGUCAAGAAUGAGCAGCCACACAGCUUCGGCUGCCUCCUUUGCAUACAGUCUCAAGAGGGCUCGUGCGCAGACAAAAUAAACAAAGCAACACGAUUCAAAUUAAGCGAGAUAAGUCUGCAAAAACACGCUACCUGCGCCUCACUCUGGGACCUUAUUAUGAGGACACCGCUUUGUCUGCGCCUGACUAAAAUGACGGGGCGAACCUUCAGCGGUCGAAAAGCGAGACGGACUGCGCUGCCCCCCAAAGGCAGAAAGGAA